AUAAUUUUAAGUGAUAAAAAAAUAUACCUUGGUCUUCAGUGAGAACGAGAACUCCUGUUUAUUCUUUGUGACGCAAGAGGAUCAUACAAUAUGAAUUCUAGUGUGGCUAUUGAACUUCGAAUCCCGGAAUGGAACCUCAAUAAAAGCCAAUAUGACGAAGUUGAUAGCUUACCACUUCUAGGAAGUAUAGGUCCAGUGUUGACCAUACUGGCCACAUAUCUAGUAUUCGUGCUUAAGAUAGGACCAGCUUUGAUGACGAAGCGACAACCAUUUAAACUAAACACUACCCUGCUCUUAUACAACGGAAUACAAGUCGUCAUAUCUGUAUAUUUAGUUCAAAGGUAUUUAAUGAAUUUAAUUGACAUUGGAUUGACGCCAAAGAAAUGUUACAUACAGGAUGUCGAAUACAGAAACAACAUCCUGAUAGGAAUUUGGCUAUACUUCGCAGCUAAAGUCACCGAGCUACUGGAUACUGUAUUUUUUGUGUUAAGGAAGAAAGAUAAUCAAGUCACUUUCCUCCAUCUGUACCACCACUCCAUCAUGAUGAUUGGCACCUGGUGCUACAUCAAGUACUGGCCAUCGCAUACUCUCAUCUUCAUCGGCUUCCUGAACUCCCUCGUGCACGUUUUCAUGUACACUUACUAUGGAUUGUCGGCUCUAGGCCCGAAUGUCGCCAAGUAUUUGUUCUGGAAGAAAUACAUGACGAAGUUUCAGCUGGUACAAUUUGUGUGCAUAAUCAUACAAUACGUGUCAGCGGUUAGGAACUCCGAAUGUCCACCAGCGAAGGGUGUCGCCACUUUCGUUGCCUGCAACACCGGCUUCUUCCUCGUUCUUUUCUUAAAUUUCUACCGUCACAGCUAUAAUCGUAAAUCGAAAGCAAGCAAUAAUGUAUGCGCGGUAAAUGUGUUAGAGGAAAUAAAAGAAAAAGAAUUGUAAUCUAAUGUCAGAAUAAAUAACAUUUAAUUAAGAAAUACACUAAAAGUUACAGACGCUCAGUUUUAACUGAUCAAUGGAAGUGUUCAGUUAAAACUGUCAUAUAGAAAUAUGCGUAUAAAAUGAUUGGUUAUGUCCUAGUUGUGGUAAGCUUUAGUUGCAUAGAAAUAAUUGAUAAAAAUCCGGGUUGCUAUAAUUUUGGAUGUUUACUACUUAAGUCCAGUUUACUCUAUUAUACAUUAAGAGUCACGGGCGAUAGCUAGUACAUAAAUAUACGUACUAGCUAUCGCCCGCGGCUUCAUGCGGAAUUAAAAUAGAAAUUUGUUAUUAAUUACUAGCCAUUCAAAUCUGUCUACCUAAGAUUUUCUCUUCGCGAAU